AUGACAGACCUAGCUGUCAGAGACUCAUUUGUUUGCCACCCAGAAGGCUUUGGUGAAUGGACAGUCAUAUAAGUAUAUUACAUAAAAUAUAUGAGCACAUACCUUUUGCAAAGAGUUUUCACAUUCUGUCUAGUGAAUAACACUAGACAUUUAUUCAUCUGAUAACAACAAUGGUUCUUUCAAAAGUCUCCCAUAUGUUCCCCAUGAUAAUUUCUGGUAGCCUACAUGGUUCAAGUUCUUGUUCUCCAGGAAGCAUACAUAUCACCUAUUUACUUGUCUGGUGUAGGGAAGAGGCGGAAGAGGAUGCUUCUCUUCAUUCUGAGUGAUCAUCCUGACAAGACCCACUCAUUGUUAACUUUGCUGAAACCGACAACAAAGUUGCUCUCCUUUGUCUCUCUCAAAAAAUAUUGCCAAAGAGGUGACUGUAUUUUCUGCCACCCUCACCAAAAUCUUUACCUAUAAUCUCUACAGGAAAAAGUCAAAAUGUGAUUGUUUCAUUGUUUAACUAGUAAGGCUAAACAUUUGUCUCAAUACAUUGGAGAGACUGCUAAUCAAAACAGACAGGUUUUUCAUGGGCUUAUCAGGACUAACAUAUUUUGCACCUGAAAUAGGAGCGGAGAAUGAAAGCCGCUUUAUACUAAUCUGCUCAUUUUUAAUGCACUCCAGAAAUGAAGCCUGGGGACAGAAAAUCUGUUGCCUAACGAUAGCUGCUUUGUAGUAUUUCAAGGCAAUGGCAGCUGGAGCCCGAUGCCAUGCAUCUUAUGGAAAAGAACUAGGCUGUUGUGAAAGGCAUAUGAACAACCCAGAUGGUCCAGAGCAGGGAAGAAGGGGGGUGGAGUCUGAGGGUGGAAGAGCAGCCCAGAGUUAGAGGUGGGGGCAUCUUUGUGGCUGGCACCCAGGUCAGACCUGGGAGGAGGGAAGCUUGCUAGUGAAGAUUGGCUGCUGGCUACCCCCAAGAGGCUCCUUUGCAAACUUAGAAGGGGUGGUGCUAAAUAACCUGGAGCAGAGGCUUUGCGUGAAUCCAGCUUCAGCUCCUUCCAUCUCACUGAUAGUGACAAAUAUAAAGAGCCACUUGGAGAGCAGAGAUUUGCUUUCCUGGGCAUAGGUACCUGGUUUCCAUAGCAGGUACUGGCAGUUCAAUUUGGCAGGGAUUAGAACAGAGCAGUAGUUAGUUGCCAGUGGCACCUGCGGCAACUCACUUGCCUCUUUUCCAUCAAAAACAGCGUUAUCUCUGGACCAUGAUCUUUCUCUAUCGGUGGAAUGUCCUGGAUGCACUACUACUGGUUCUGGUGCAAGGCUGUGUGCAGUCCAUGAGUCAGGAGUAUGAUUACUACAGCUGGCCUUCAGAUAACUUUCAGCAUGGACGCUUCUAUACCAAGCAAUCACAGUGUAUGGACAUCCCAACUGAUCUGCAACUCUGCCACAAUGUCGGUUACAAACGCAUGCGCUUACCUAAUCUGCUGGAGCAUGAAUCUAUGCCUGAGGUCAAGCAACAAGCCAGCAGCUGGGUACCUCUCCUGGCCAAGAGAUGCCACUCAGACACACAAGUUUUUCUCUGCUCUCUAUUUACACCCAUCUGCCUGGACCAGCCCAUCUAUCCAUGCCGUUCCUUAUGUGAAGUUGUGCGUGAUUCAUGUGCGCCUGUCAUGGAAUCCUAUGGCUUCCCCUGGCCUGAUAUGCUCAACUGCAACAAAUUUCCCUUUGACAACGACCUCUGCAUCACAGUGCAGUUUGGAAACAACCAAGUUACUCAGCCACCAGUGUCAAAGAUUUGCACACAGUGCGAGAUAGAACACAAAGCAGAUGGCAUCAUGGAGCAGAUGUGUUCCAGUGACUUUGUGGUCAAGAUGCGCAUCAAGGAGAUCAAAAAGGAAAAUGGGGAGAGGCGAUUAGUGGCCACUCAGAAGAAAAAAAAACUGCUCAAAGUGGGGCCACUGAAACGCAAGGAUACCAAAAAGUUGGUACUGUAUAUGAAGAAUGCAGGCACCUGUCCUUGUCCUCAGCUUGAUGACCUCAGUGGCAGCUUUCUGGUUAUGGGCCGAAAAGUGGGUGGGAGACUGCUAGUCUUGGCCAUUUACCGCUGGGAGAAGAAGAACAAGGAAAUGAAAUUUGCAGUUAAGUUCAUGUUCUCUUAUCCAUGUUCCUUGCACUAUCCAUUCUUUUAUGGAUCAGACCCCCACUGAAAGCCCCACACACAAAUAUCCUUUUUUUGUGGGCAGGCUGACAUCAAGAUACAAGCUGUUAGAGCCCAUUUUUCCAAGAAUUCUGUUUUUUGCAGGAUAAUUGGGUUUGAUCAAAAAUAUUCUGAAGAAUCCUGCAUGUUGUUGAUAUUCAUAUGACUUCAAAGAUCUUACAGAAAUUCUUCCUCAUCCUUCAUAUACCAUCAGCUGUCAAAUCAGAAAAGUUUUUGUGGCUUCAAAUUAUAACAUCAU